AUGGACCUGGAUGGGCCCCCGGGUUUCAAUUACGAGGCUUUGCUUCAUGGCAUCUUCCUGCUGCCAUUUCUCUAUUUUGCAGGAUGGUCUAUCUACAGUCUUUACUUCCACCCACUGAGCCGCUACCCCGGUCCCAAGCUUGCAGCAAUUUCCCCCAUGGUCCACAUUCUAUGGGAUAUCCGAGGCAAGCAGCACUCGGUAGUGAAAAGACUACAUGAUCAGUAUGGCAGUGUUGUUCGUAUCGCGCCCAAUGCACUCGUUUACAAUUCCGCCGCCGCUUGGAAAGAUAUCUAUGGACACCGCAAGAAGGGCCAGAAGCUCUUCGUCAAGGAUCCGGCCCUGUACUCGCCGACACCCAAUGGGACCAACGCUAUAAUCACUGCAAAUGAUGAGGAGCACAGCCGAAUGCGUCGUCUACUUGCACAUGCAUUCUCGAACAAGGCUCUCCAGGAACAGGAACACAUUCUCCAUGUCUACGCUGAUAUGCUGAUUGACAAGUUGGCAGGCAUUCUGCACGGAAGCCAACGGGCAGUUGUUGACAUGACUCGCUGGUUCAACUUCACCACCUUUGAUCUGAUUGGGGACCUUGCAUUUGGUGAACCCUUUGGCUGCCUCUCCGAGAAUGAGUACCAUUGGUGGGUCAUGGUUAUCUUGGAUGCGGUCAAGGCCAGUGCAUACCUCAAGGUGUUUUGGUUUUAUCCGAUUCUACUUCCAUUGUUCAUACUUCUAGUCCCAAGGCAUAUGUUAAAGAAGCGCAAGGCUAGCUUCAAACUGAGCGUGGAAAAGGUCCGCCGACGUCUAGCACGCCAGACUACCCGGCCCGAUUUCACCUCAUACAUUAUCAAGCAUAGUCAUGGAGGGCGUGGCUUGUCUCUUCCAGAGAUUGAUGCUAAUGCGGGUGUAUUUGUACUGGCUGGAAGUGAAACAACUGCUGCUCUGCUUACUGGUUGCACGUAUUAUCUUCUCAGACAUCGGGAGAAAUAUGUUCGGCUGGUUCGUGAGAUUCGCGGUGCCUUUGCACAAGUAUCUGAGAUUAAGCUUUCGGCUCUUGUAGGCCUUCCUUAUCUUAAUGCUGUCUUGACUGAAGCUCUACGAAUCUACCCUCCUAUUCCUUCUAUGCUUCCACGUCUUGUGCCUCAGGGUGGAGCGUUUAUUGAUGGUCAAUAUGUUCCCGCCGGAGUGUCGGUUUCGAUCUCGUUGUACUCGGCUUUUCAUUCGAAGACCAACUUCAAGGAUCCAGACUGCUUCAUCCCCGAGCGCUGGCUUCCCGGUCCUGAGUCUGCUAGGUUUGUUUCUGAUCAAAAGGAUGCGCUUCGACCUUUCUCAUAUGGACCACGUAACUGCCUCGGUCAACACCUAGCCAAUGCCGAGAUGCGUCUCAUUCUUGCCAAGUUCCUCUGGCACUUUGACCUGGAGCUCCAGCCCGAGUCCCUGCACUGGUCUGUCCAAAACUCCUUUGCCCUUUGGAGUCGGCCUGCUCUCUGGGUGAAGCUUCGCCAUCCCGGAACCGCUCUGUGA